UUGAGGACAAAUCAUCGACAUUUCCAUUCACUCACCUCCAUUCUACUCCAUCACAGCACCUCCCAAUGCCCAUACAUCCUUCAUCUAAUCACAAAAGUUUUAUCUACCACCAAAUUAUUUGAUCCCUAAUCCUUAGCCACUGUUUCUGAUUGAUGAGCUUCAACAUUCCCUUUUCUUUUAUAUUCUCUUUUAACAAUCAAUUUUGUGCUAGUGCCCAGAAAUGGACAACCAUUACUCUGUAGUCAUAGCGGCACUCUCCACCUUAACCCCUCCCCAGCUCUCAGAUCUCAUAGCCUCUAUCUCCGCGCUCUUCUACUGCCACCACCGACGUCUCACCGCCCUCCUCUCCUCCCCCACACUCUUUUCCCUCACUCUCCACCACCUAAAAUACCUUUCUCUCCACCACAAGUCCUUACUUAUUACCCAAUACCUCUUGUCUAACUUAACACACCUCGUUCAUUUUAUGCACACCAAAACUUCCUCUCCGUCCUACUCUGCUACCAACAUUAAGCUGUGUGAUCUUGAUGCUGUUUUGCUGCUUCUGCUCUUUUGUGAACUCCGACAACAUGAUCCCAAUGCCCUUGAAACCUCGCCAGUUGAAUGGCAUAGAGUUCUCUGUAAUUACUAUUUCCAUGAUACCAUGUUGGUCCUCUCUGGCCUAGUUGUAUCAGAAGUUGAAGUUUUAAACAAGUUUGUUGAGUUGUUAACAAAAUUUUCGCGGUUUGUUGGGGUGGACAUUGAACAUGAUAGUGAAAGGAAGGAGGGGAGAGAGGUAGCAGCUGCAGCAGCAGUGGUGGUGGCACUGCCAUCAGUGGAUAUUCGCGGAGGCGAAAAGGAGUGUGUGAUAUGUAACGAUGAAAUGAAACGAGGGACAGAUGUUUGUGAAUUGCCAUGUGCACAUUUGUUUCAUUGGAUGUGUAUACUUCCUUGGCUGAGAAAGACCAACACUUGUCCUUGUUGCCGCUAUCGCCUACCGUCUGAUGACAUUUCCAUUGAGAUUCAACAGCUGUGGGAGGUCCUGCUCCAUAUGGGUACUGAUCACAGUGACUCGUCUCGAGAUUAAAUUAAUUAACAGUAAUUAGCAGGUAACAUGGUAGAGUGGUGAUGCCGCUGCAUAAGCAUAGCUUUAAAUAUUUUGAUAAUCUCGACAAAUGCAACUAUGAAUCAUCAAAUUCCAUGUAUUAACACAUAAAUGUAGAUAAAUACUGGAACAGAACAGGGGUGAUACUAAACUGGUAUGAUGAGGGCUUUAGUAGGAUAUGUAGUGAUUCAAAAGUAAAACAAACAAGUGGUCAUAUGAAGCUGGAGCCAGAUUGAUUGGCUGUAUUGUAAGUUUUUUUAUUAAAUGUUAUUAAAGUUUAUUAGUCCACA